GUACUAAACAGGUUUACUAAUUUUUACAUAGAUUCUGUAUAGAUGCCCAGCGCCCUGAUUUGAAGUGUCAUCUCAUUGAUGCCGAGUGAAACAGAUCUAGAGGCCUACUCUUCGCCAAAGAACUAAAUUUAAAUGGUCAUUGAAUGCGAGAGCGGCUCUGUGGGUUUGACAAUAGUCAACAACUUGACAGCAAGGGGAGGAGCAGCUACCGCGAGCAAAACUCCGUGAAAGCGCACCAACCGCCUUUAAGGUCCACUGACCCACGCACCACGCACCUUCGUACCUUAGCAAAUAGCAUGUCUUUAUUCAAUCGCUAAAGAUAGAACGUUGAAAACUUGCUAGUAACAAAUUUACAAGACCACGCCGACUUGUAGAAUCAAACUCUAGAACAAAAACCGUCCAAGUGGCUAUCAGGAGACAAUCGCCUCAUGUAAACAGCACUAGUGCUCUUUAAGCUUAGCUCGGCCGGAGAUACCUCCACCGUCAUCUUUAUAAUCACUGGCGGGGUUGCACCAAGGUUCAGGUCACUUGCACAGCAACUGUUCCUAAACUCUUCAGUCGUACUAUCCAUCUCGAAGGGUGCGUGUUAAGUCUGCCUUAUCUCACACUCUCCUUCUGUUCGUCAAGUUACACAUGGUCGGCGUCGCUGGGAAGUCGCAGGCUUGCAACACCUGCAGGAAGAGGAGAGUAAAGUGCGACUUGGGACGGCCCUCUUGCCUAAAGUGCACCACAUCAAAUCGAGCUUGUACUGGCUACGACCGGGAUCUCAUUUUUGUCAACAGGACCCCCUCGGACCCUUCGUCCACCGCGACAUCAGUGCUGUCACAGAUCAAGGCUCAGCAGAGGCUGAAAGACGCAAAGAAAGAGGCUGACUUGCAUCAUCUUUUUACCGAGUCCUCGCACAAAAGCCGCGAUUUUCGACAUUAUGCUGUCGAGCUAUUAGAAGCUAUCUAUCUCCCGAAAAAGCCAGUGUCAAGCAGCUACAAUACAAAGACCAGCGGAGGAGGCUUCUCGUGGGUAUACUGCCUGAAAGAUCUAGUGGCACCUAGCAAAUCGUUGAAUACUGCCCUCUUCGCGUUCUGCCUUGUCCAGCUGCACAUUACUGGCGCAGGUAAUGCUUCACUUUACGAAUGUCUUGAUCAGUACAACACUGCUCUGCAGCACCUCUACGCCGAUCUAGCCGAUCCGGAAAGACAAUUUCUAGAAGAAACAUUGGCCGCUAUUUUAGUACUAUCUACGUGUGAGCUCUUUGUGUGUCCUACAGAAAAUGGCUGGAGCGUUCACGCACGCGGCAUUGCAGAGAUCCUACGAUUGCGUGAUCAGAGAAUGGCGAGUACUCCGGCUUGGCGACACUUAUUUUCACGUCUGAGGAUUGUCUGCACUCUGGAAGCUCUAACGAAGCGACAAGCUGACUUUCUCGAAAACAAUAUAUGGCGACAAAUUGUCAACGAAUCCAACCUUGACGAUGCUCUUGGCGAAGUCUAUCAGAUGAUCGCAGAUAUUCCUACUCUGCUCGAGCAAGUGGUAUCACUCCCUUCCAUCGGUGACAGAAAUAUUCUCCUGAAGGAGUCGGCCGACAUUGUACGAUCAAUAUUAGCUAAGGUGAAGUCUAUCAAGUCGUGGUACGAUAACUUCUGGAAAAAUUCGCCGACUCCUCGAUCUUGGCUGGUCCCAAGCUGUGCAUCGAAUCUUGCUGAUGUAGACCCUACGAACAAAGUCUUCUCGUCCUGCUUCGAGUUCGAAUCCCUCAGCGUCGCUGCCACGGUUGUGAUGUGCUGGUCGGUCGCCGCUCAGCUGUACAGCAAUGUUAUUCAGAUACAUUCCCUUGUACAAGCAAGACUUGAUCGUCACAUUGCGCUCGAAGAUCUCCUGGCUCAAGUUGAUACUACUGUGGUAGAUGCGUCAAGCAGGUUAGAAGCUUCUAGUCAGAACACUCUCUUAAGAGAGAUUCAAAGCGAGGGUACAAAGAUGGCGCGCAACAUAUGUCAGUCAAUGGAGUAUUAUCAUCGAAUAGAGAUGGGAACAUACGGGAGCCACGGAAUCACCUAUCCGUCUUGGAGCGCUCGACAGUAUUUUCGGCUGCAUCCGGGUCACGAGCAAGAGUGGUCAUGGUUGCAAAAUAUGCACAAGAUGGAAGGUCCUGGUACACGUUGGGGACUGUCAACGAUGGCAUUCGCAGACAUUGUUGAGCCAUUGGGAGGUUGGUCAAGCUAUUGCGAUUCGUCGAAAUACUACUGGUGAACUCCCAAGAGCUCACACGAGCAAGGCAGAGCGAGGGCACACCAGAAGGGAUUUGGGGAGUAGAACACGUGGAAAUCGAGUUGGGGAACGAUCACAAUAUGAAAUUCCAUGCUACAUAUCAAUCAGCGAAUGGGGGU